CACCCCACCCUACCUUUCCUGUUUCCACUACCCUAUCACUCUUUCUCUCGCCCUCUCCCUCUUUCCUUCUGAUGUUCUUAUAGCUUGUUCAUCCUCCUCAUCCUCAACCUCCCCUGAUCUUUCGAGUUAAAGUCACCAUGAACCAAAAACACAUCUUUCUUCAUUUGGCGCUCGUCUGCUUCAUGGUGGCGCUCAGAGCAAGUGACGGUAAUACAGAAGCAGAAGCAUUGGUGAGAUCAGAAGAAGAAGCUGACAGGAUCGUGGAACUUCCCGGGCAGCCCAGAGUGUGGUUCCAACAAUUCUCAGGCUACGUCACUGUCAAUCACGUUGCUGGUCGAGCCCUCUUUUACUGGCUCACCGAAUCCCCUCACAACCCCUCCUCCAAGCCCCUCGUCAUUUGGCUCAAUGGAGGUCCGGGUUGUUCAUCGGUGGCGUACGGAGCAUCCGAGGAGAUAGGCCCAUUCAGGAUCAAUAAAACUGCUUCGGGGCUAUACCUUAACAAGUUCUCCUGGAACUCCGUCGCCAACCUCCUCUUUCUGGAAGCUCCGGCCGGCGUCGGCUUCUCCUACUCCAACCGCUCCUCCGAUCUCUUCGACACCGGCGACCGCCGCACUGCGAAGGACUCUCUGCAAUUCAUAAUCAGGUGGCUAGAACGAUUCCCGCGGUACAAGAAUCGGGAACUUUAUAUCAGUGGGGAGAGCUACGCAGGCCAUUACGUCCCUCAAUUAGCUAGACAAAUCAUCACGUAUAAUGCAAAGGCUAAGCACCCAAUCAAUAUCAAAGGAAUUUUGGUUGGGAAUGCAGUGACGGACAAUUACUAUGAUAACCUGGGGACGGUGACGUAUUGGUGGAGCCACGCUAUGAUCUCCGAUCAGACUUACCGGCAGCUCAUGAGCACCUGCGAUUUCCACCGGCAAAAGGAAUCCGAUGAGUGCGAGUCCCUGUAUAGCUACGCCAUGGACCAAGAAUUUGGAAACAUUGACCAGUAUAACAUCUACGCGCCACCAUGCAACAACUCUGAUGGCAGCUCCGCCGCCACCCGCCGCUCCAUGCGGUUGCCCCACCGUCCUCAUCAUCCGGUAUUUAGGCAAAUGUCUGGGUAUGAUCCGUGUACAGAGAAGUAUGCAGAGAUAUACUAUAACAGGCCAGAUGUUCAGAAAGCACUCCAUGCCAACAUCACGGCUAUUCCUUACAAGUGGACUGCUUGCAGUGAGGUUUUGAAUCGGAACUGGAACGAUACAGAUGUGUCCAUACUUCCCAUUUACAGAGAGUUGAUAGCUCAUGGAACCAGAGUCUGGGUUUUCAGUGGGGAUGUUGAUUCGGUGGUGCCGGUUACAGCAACAAGAUAUUCCCUUGCACAGCUGAAGUUGGCGACCAAGAUUCCAUGGUAUCCUUGGUACGUCAAGAAGCAGGUUGGAGGGUGGACAGAGGUAUACGAGGGGCUCACGUUCGCUACAGUUAGAGGGGCAGGUCAUGAAGUGCCACUGUUCAAGCCCGGAGCAGCUCUUCAGCUGUUCAAAUCAUUCAUUGCAGGAAAGCCUCUUCCGAAGUCCUGAGGCUUAAUUGGUUGCCUGAUAUACGAGGACUCUAGUGGAAAUUAUGGCAAAGAUCGAAGAUGAUAUCAUAAUUUCUGCUUUAUUACUUGUUCUUUCUAUUUGUUCCAAUCAAGGAUUUUUAUGUCCUCUCUCAACGUUAGUUCACAAACUAGGGAAAGAGCAAGGUUGAUUUUUAUUUCUCCCCUAGGAAAAAGAACAGGUGGAAGUAAGACUACAUAUAGUAAGCUGCAAACAUGCGUUUGUUCUUUGACCUUCAUGAUCCCCCAAAUGGGCCACGAACGGGCCUCCCUUAAAAUUCGCGAGUUUGCUAAGUGUAGAAAAAAGGUUAACGAUAAAUUUGUUUCUGUAAGAUUAA